UCGUGCCAACCUUCGGCCGCGCCAACGUGACAGAGAAAGUGUUGUCGUCGUAAAGACCUUCGUAGGCUCACCUGUCUUCAACGACACGCACCAAACAAGCACAGACAUCUUCACCGAACACAGAAAAACAUGGCGGCAACACUUUUCAGAGCUGUCCAGCUGAAAGGCAAAGUCACGAGCACAGCAAGACGGUUCUCCCAGGCCUCCGGUCUGCACGAUGUUGUGAUCGUCAGUGCCACCAGAACACCCGUGGGUUCGUUCCGCAGCAGCUUGUCCUCCCUCCCCGCCCCUCAACUCGGCGCUAUCGCCAUCAAGUCCGCCAUCGAGAAGGCCGGUAUCCCUGCGGAAGAGGUGAAGGAGGUUUACAUGGGAAAUGUGCUCCAGGCUGGAGAAAAGCAGGCGCCAGCUAGACAGGCAGCCCUGGGAGCUGGGUUACCUCUGGCAACUCCAUGUACCACCAUCAACAAAGUCUGUGCCUCGGGGAUGAAGUCUAUCAUGAUGGCAGCACAGAGCCUGAUGUGUGGUCAUCAGGACGUGAUGGUGGCUGGCGGGAUGGAGAGUAUGUCUAAUGUCCCCUUCAUUAUGGCAAGGGAGGCACCUGCAUAUGGAGGGCUGAAACUUGAAGACCUCAUCGUCCACGACGGGCUGACAGACGUCUACAACAAGUUCCACAUGGGCAACUGUGCGGAGAACACGGCCAAGAACCUGGACAUCAGUCGCGAGGAUCAGGACGAGUUUGCCAUCAGCUCGUACAAACGGAGCCAGGCUGCGGCAGCGAACGGAAUCUUGGUAAAGGAGAUCACUCCCGUCGAGGUUCCUCAGAAGAGGGGUCCGGGGGUGACCGUGGCGGAAGACGAGGAGUACAAGAAAGUCAAGUUCGAUAAGGUGCCGUCACUGAGGCCAGUGUUCGUCAAAGACGGAACGGUAACAGCUGCGAACGCGAGCACGCUCAAUGACGGUGCUGCGGCUCUCGUGGUCAUGACAUCAGAAGCUGCCAGCAGGCUUGGUGUCAUGCCAUUGGCUCGCAUUGUCGGCUUUGCGGACGCAGCAGUUGCCCCGAUAGACUUCCCCAUAGCCCCGGCUCCCGCUGUGGAGAAACUGUUGGCGCAGACAGGCAUCUCCAAGGACGAUGUCACUAUGUGGGAAAUCAACGAAGCCUUCAGUGCUGUUGUCCUGGCCAACAUCAAACUGCUAGGCAUUGACCCAGCCAAGGUUAAUAUCAAUGGUGGGGCAGUGUCUAUUGGACAUCCUAUCGGCAUGUCGGGCGCAAGGAUCACCAGUCACAUGGUCCAUAACCUACAGCCUGGCCAGAAGGGUGUCGCUGCUAUCUGUAACGGUGGUGGUGGGGCCUCCUCCAUCCUUAUCGAGAGGUUGUAAAGUAAAACGUGAAGCCAAGUUGGAGAUUAUUCCACAAAGGAGCCAAACUAUAAAAUAGCCUGACUACAUCACACUUCUAGUAGCCCUUCCACAGGCCAGGAGGAAGCAAAAUCAGUCCGACAGUGAGAUGGUGUAGCCCAGGCUAUCAAACUGUACAAGAUCAAUACAACACAGAAACAAUCCUUAUGGUAGUUUGACCUUGUUUCAAAUGUUUCCUGUGCUCUUGACAGUAAAAGAUACAUUUGUUGCAUUCAAUAAAAACAGGAAAACAUGAGGCUGCAGCAUAGGUCUGAAACAAAUCCAUGGGAUGCAAAAUAUGUACACAACAUGUAUGAUACUUUUUAUAGUGUAUGCAUAUGUCACAUACUAAGACAUAAUUGUGUGUGUCUAAAAUUUUUUUGUAGUGCCUUUUGAAAAGAGUUUGUGAGUAUCUCUACUAAAUAAUAUAAUGUCAGCCUCAGCAAGGAGGCUUCAGGUACAAUUUUAAUGUGUGAGAAAUAAUAAUGUACGGGAAAUUCAAAGGAGACAAACACAGCCACAGGUGUUAAAGGUGAUAAUAAAAAACUAGGAUGGAUUUAUUUUGUAGUGCUGUGGUCAUGAUUACAAUAAAGCAGCAUUCUAA